AUGUUUUCACGCGCCCCGCGGUUUAAGAACAGCCGGGCGGUGCCGUUUCCAGGCCCCGGGGCCUAUUACCCAAAGGGAGUGGGUUUUACCGCAGCGUAUUCCUUUGGGCCGCCCAAGUCCAAGCGCCAGGCGAAACCCCUGGCUGCAGUGCCCGUGACAGCUUCUGGAGGCGGAGGCCCAGGUCCUGAGCCCCUGGAUGCAGUGCCCGUGACAGCCUCUGCCUCGGGUCCUGUGCUACUCACGCAGCUUGCACGUCGUGUGCAAGAGGAGGGCUGUCACCACACCCCGCCCGAGAGCAUGGAGGCCAAGACGCAGAUCCUGGCCAGCGUGGAUCUUGAGCAGCUGGUGCUCGGAGAGCAGCUGGGCCAGGGAGGCCUGGCUCGAGUGUGCACGGCCAAAACAAAAAAUCACUUGCUGGCAGCCAAGUUGUACUGGCAACGGUAUGGCCUGCUCCCCGGGCAGGAAGAGCAGGAUCGGGCCUCGCUGAAAAGCGAGGCAGACCUUCUAUGGAAAUUGCGACACCCCAACAUCGUCAGUGUGGUGGCAUUGAUCGUGCAAAGUGGCCUCGUGCAGGGCAUGGUGCUGGAGCUUUGCGGGCCUUCCUUGCAGGCUGCAACGCAGCAGGAGCGGCUUGCAGCAACGCACUUAGCAAGCUUGCUACACCCCACCUGCUCUGGCAUUGAGUAUCUUCAUUCAAACCUUGUGGCCCACCUUGACAUCAAGGGCAGCAACGUCACUCUGCAUUCUGCUUUUGGCAUCAAAAUCAUUGACUUCGAUGCGGCGCUGGUUUUGCACAGCCCGCAUCAGAAGGUACGACGCCUCCCAGGGAACACCUGCAGGUUGUCGCCAGAGGCAGGAGCAAACCGCCCAUACAGCCCCUUGCAGGAGGACGCUUUUGCUGUUGGGGCAAUGUUCACCGAUAUCGUUGAGGACCUGCGUGUGCAACAGGGUGAGUUGUCGUGGGAAGCCAAAGUGUUGCAGGCUCGAGUGCGGUGCUUGUCGCUCCCAGCGGAAGACAGGCCAACCAUGAGCGACAUGCUUCAAGAUCGGAUUUGGCGUGGUGCAGAUGAGGUGCUGGCCGAGCAAGUGGGCAUGCCCACGGCAACGCCCGAGGCUGCUUGUGGAAACGUGCUUGCCAAACUGUUUGGAUAA